UUCAUCAUGGCGGCGAACAGCAGCAACAGCACGAGCGGUAAAAGCGGCGGAAAGCAGUCCACUCCGUCAGCCGAGCAGGUGGUGGCCACGUUCCAGAGGAUGCGGCAGGAGCAGCGCAGUAUGGCCUCCAAGGCUGCAGAGUUUGAGAUGGAGAUCAAUGAACACAGCCUCGUCAUCGACACACUAAAGGAAGUAGAUCCCUCACGCAAAUGCUUUCGUUUAGUUGGCGGUGUACUUGUGGAGAGAACCGUCAAAGAAGUCCUGCCUGCGCUAGAAAACAACAAAGAACAGAUUUCCAAGAUCGUGGAGACGCUGAACACGCAGAUGCAGGUGAAAGGACGCGAGCUGACGGAGUACCGCGAACGCUACAAUAUCCGGCUAGUCGGAGAGGACGAUAAACAAGGCAAAGCGGACGCCAGUCAAGCCAAAGACAGCGAAGGAGGAUCUAAAGGUGGCGCCGGAGUGCUCGUCUCAUAGUGGAUUCUUACUGUAGAAACCGCUGUAAUAUACGCCCAGAGACUGAGUUGGCACGUUUCCUUUUUAGUCUUACAGAUGCCAGUCAUAAUAACACACAAGAAAGAGAGCGAGAGUCUCGGUUUUCAUGCACAUUUUGUACAUUCGUAAUCCUUUUCCCACUCUGAUCACAUUUAAAGUGUGAUCUAUACUCUUUAAUAACAUGAUAUUAAACAUGGUAGCUAUUUGUGAAUUUAGAACCAGACAAACUAUCAGUGAGUGCAGACACUGCGAAAAAUGCUUUGAGUUGUUUCCUUUUAGUCGCACAGAUGCCAGUCAUAAUAAAUCACAUGAAAGAGAGCCGAAGUUUUGGUUUUCAUGCUCAUUAUGUACAUUUGUAAUCUUUGAGAACGUAACUUCAUCCACUCUGAUCUAAAAAUGUCUGCAUUCGUUGACACAUAAAUAGUUACUGUGUUUAAUUUCAUGCUAUCAAAAUGGUAAAAUCACACUCUGAUCACAUUUACAGUGUGAUUUCUGCACUUAAUGACAUGAAAUUAAACAUAAUAACUAUUUAUUUGUGAAUUUAAAACCAGAUAAACAGUCAGCAAAUGCAGAAACUUCCAAAAUUUGCUUUUCUAACUUGAGGUUUUUUCCUUUUAGUCUGUCAUAAUAACACAUGAAAGAGAGCCAAAGUUUUGGUUUUCAUGCACAUUAUGUACAUUCGUAGUCUUUGAGAGCGUAACUUUAUCAUCUCUGAACUAAAAAUGUUUGCAUUCGCUGACAAAUUAAUAGUUCUGUUUAAUUUCAUGUUAGUUAAGUGGUGAAAUCACACUCUAGUCACAUUGACAGUAGGAUUUCGACUCUUAAUAACAUGAAAUUAAACAGAACUAUUUAUUUGUGUAUUUAAACCAGACAAUCAGCUAAUGCAAACAUUGUAAAACACGCUUUUUCUUCGUUUUUGUCUCGUUUCUAGUCCAAACAUCUAUAAAUUCUGAAAUAAAGAAGCAUUUUCUAGAGGAGUGAAACAUAUCGUCUUGUUUUCAGAAAUAACAAGUCAAAAUUAAGCGAGUUUUUAUAUAAAACAAGCAAUAUAAUCUGCCAAUGGGGCAAACUAGAAAUUAGUUUUGCUUGUUUUAAGGAAAAUCUCACUUAAUUUAGAAUAUUUUGUCUGGAAAAUGCUUCUUAAUUUGAAAAAUUUUGGACUAAUAUUCAUAAAGGCGGCAACACCAAUGCUACAAAAAUCUAAAUGUAUUAACUUUAAAAAGCUGUCACAAAGGGUCUGACGUCCUGAGCACACCGGCUCUUCAUCAGAUGUCAAUAAACUUGUGUUUUUGGAGCACAGGUGUUGCCGCCUUUAUGAAUAUUUUGCACUUUGUUGUUUUGCUGAUGCUUUUGAGCAUUUUUUCAUAAAAUAUUUGUACUAGAAAUGAGACAACCUUAGGUAAGAAAAGCAUUUUUUUGCAGUUUCUGUAUUCGCUGAUUGUUUGCACUGCAAUAAAUGCUUUUCUUACUUAGUUUGUGCCUCGUUUCUAGUCCAAACAUCUAAAAAUUCUCAUAUCAAGAAGCAUUUUCUAGAGGAGUGAAACAUCGUCUUGUUUUCAGAAAUAACAAGUCAAAUUUAAGUGAGUUUUAAUAUAAAACAAGCAAUAUUAUCUGCCAAUGGGGCAAACUAGAAAUUAGUUUUGCUUGUUUUAAGGAAAAUCUCACUUAAUUUUUUUUUUUUUGUCUGGAAAAUGCUUCUAGAUUUGAACAAUUAUUAGAUAUUUGGACUAAUAUUCAUGAAGGCGGCAACACCAAUGCUACAAAAAUCUAAAUGUAUUAACUUUAAAAAGCUGUCACAAAGGGUCUGACGUCCUGAGCACACCGGCUCUUCAUCAGAUGUUAAUAAACUUGUGUUUUUGGAGCACAGGUGUUGCCGCCUUUAUGAAUAUCUUUGCACUUUGUUGUUUGGGUGAGCACCCAUUUCAGUUGAUGUGUGCUUUUGUGCGUAUUUCAUGAGAUAUUUAGACUAGAAAUGACACAACUCUAAAUAUGAAAAGUAUUUAUGUGCAGUUCCUACAUUCGCUGAUUGUUUGUACUGCAAUAAAGUCUUUAUAUAUAUAUAUAUAUAUAUAUAUAUAUAUAUAUAUAUAGAGAGAGAGAGAGAGAGAGAGAGAGAGAGAGAGAGAGAGAGAGAGAGAGAGUGAGAGAGUUUUUGUCUCAUUUCUAGUCCAAAAAUAUAAACAAUUCUUAAAUCAAGAAGCAUUUUCUGGAGGAGUAAAACAUGUUGUCUUGUUUUCAGAAAAGAUGAGGCAAAAUUAAGUGAGUUUUUCCUUAAAACAAGCAAAAUAAUCUGUCAGUAAAAUAAAUAAGUAAGUAAAGUAAGUAAAAUAAAUGUAUUUCAAAACAAAGACAAGAUUAUUUUGCUGACUUCAUUGGCAUUAUUUAGCUUGUUUUACGGAAUUUUUUCUGAAAAUAAGACAAAAUGUUUUACUGGUCUAGAAAAUGCUUCUUGAUUUAAGCAUAAUUAGAUGUUUUGACUAGAAACGAGACAAAAACUUGAAGUAAAAAAAAGCAUUUUUUUGCAGUGUGUCUGAUUUAAAUCCACAAAUAAAUAGUUGUUUAAUUUCAUGUUAUUAAAAGGAUAGUUCACCCAAAAAUUGGAUCACACUCAAGUGUUUGUAAACUGUUACCAUUUUCUUUCUUCUGUUAAACUCAAAGGAGGAAUAUACUGUUGUAAAAACAAUUGCAAUUGACUUCCAUAGUAUUAUUAAUUACUAUAAACGUCAUGGUUUUUCAACAUUUUUUCUAAAUAUCUUCUUUUGUGUUCAACAGAAGAAGGAAAUUCAGUUUGGAGCCACUUUAGUGUAAGUAAAUAGUCAGGAGUUUUUACGUUUUUGGGUGAACUAUCGCUUUAAUAGCACUGUUAAUUCACCAUAAUCAAAAUGGUCAAGAGUUUUCAAAGCUCGUCUUUCACUUUAGCUCUGGAAAUAAGUCAUGUUUAGGGGUUGCUGCAUUGAAUUGAGCAUGAUGACCAGUCAACGAGUGUCUCAUACCCUGGAUCUCCGACUGUAUUUACUCCAUCAUUUGUCACGACUGUACGCCUGUGGACGAAGUUUUUUUUAUGUUCGUUUAGUUUUCGUGUGUGUGUGGUUGUUUUGGUUAUUGAAUUCAAAAUACAAAAUUGAGCAAGAA